CAAGUGAGUUAUUCUAUAAUCAUCUAAUUCCAGAUGAGACAUGAGUAUUUUAUUUAGCGAAAACAACUUAGUUUUAAUUGAUCAUAUACAUUUUAUAUCUAAAAUAUACGAAGGUGUAAGUUACAAUAAACAAGAGAAAUCAAAUUACACAUUGAUAGGAAAAUUGUUUUCAAUUAAAAAUAGUAAACAAAACGGGAAUAAAAAGAGACCACGAGAAUGUAGUCAAAUUAUCGAAGAAGCAUCUCGGGUAAAACAAAUGUACAAUGAUCUGUAUGAAAAAAUCCCAAUAGAAAUUAAGCAAAAUAUAAGAGACAAGUAUAACUUACUAGAAACAUCACUUGUCAGGGACCUAUCGAGGAAAUAUUUUGAGUGUACUCUCUUUGAUCACAAAGGAUUGAAUGGUGGCAAUAAUUCUGAUGGUCCACUGUGUUGUAAAGUUAAAGAUGACUAUUUUCUCAUACCACCAAGAGCAAGGUUUCUUUGUGGAUGUGUAAAAGAACAAUGCCAGAAGUUGAAGACUAACAAGUAUGACAUAGUUAUAGCUGAUCCUCCUUGGUGGAACAAAUAUAUCAGAAGGUUGAAAGGUGCUAAUGAUAAGAUGAGUUAUUCAAUGAUGUACAAUGAAGAUAUAGCAUCAAUACCACUCAAAGAUCUACUUUCUAAAAAUAGUUUAAUAGCCAUCUGGUGUACUAAUGCACUAAGUAACAUAAAUGCAGUCAAAAAUAUAAUAUUCCCGGAAUGGGGUGUUGAGUAUGUUACAACAUGGUAUUGGUUGAAAGUGAAUAUAGACCUGACUCCUCUGUGCGAGUUUAGUGCUGGCUGUAAGAAGCAACCCUACGAAAGAGUUAUAAUAGGCAAAGUUGGAGAAGUUAGAAAUAUACCAUGUGAUUUAUUAUUGGCGAGUGUUCCGAGCGCCUUGCAUUCGCAUAAACCACCUUUAUUAGAUUUAUUAACGCCUUGCAUGGAUGUUAAAGAAGUGAAGAUAUUAGAGUUGUUUGCGCGUUAUUUACUACCGAACACAACUAGUGUUGGUUACGAACCUUUGAAGUGGCAACAUAUAUCAUUGUAUGAAGAAAGAUAAUAAAUAUAUUUUUAUAUAUAAAU